GGUCCCCAAGGAGAGCCAGGACCUCCAGGUCAACAGGGAACCCCAGGAACUCAGGGAAUGCCGGACCUCAGGGACCUGUCGGACCCCCAGGAGAGAAAGGUCCCACAGGAAAACCAGGUCUGCCAGGAAUGCCUGGUGCUGAUGGCCCUCCUGGUCACCCAGGAAAGGAGGGGCCUUCUGGCACCAAAGGAAACCAGGGUCCCAACGGUCCCCAGGGAGCUAUUGGCUAUCCUGGUCCUCGUGGCAUCAAGGGAGCUCAAGGAAUCCGUGGUCUGAAGGGCCACAAGGGAGAGAAGGGAGAAGAUGGUUUCCCUGGAAUUAAAGGAUUUGGUGCCAAGGGAGAGAGGGGUGAGCUUGGAGUACCAGGGCCCAGAGGAGAGGAUGGUCCAGAGGGGCCAAAGGGUCGCGUCGGACCCCCUGGUGAGAUCGGACCAAUUGGUCUGGUUGGAGAGAAGGGUAAACUUGGUGUACCUGGACUUCCUGGAUAUCCUGGAAGACAAGGACCCAAGGGAUCUCUCGGAUUCCCAGGAUUCCCUGGUUCAAACGGCGAGAAGGGAACACGGGGUCUUUCUGGCAAACCAGGACCAAGAGGACAAAGAGGACCAACGGGCCCCAGAGGGCAGAGAGGACCGAGGGGCGCAACCGGGAAACCAGGAGCAAAGGGAACUUCAGGAAGUGAUGGCCCUCCUGGUCCUCCUGGAGAGAGGGGAUUGCCUGGGCCUCAGGGAGCCAACGGUUUCCCCGGACCAAAGGGACCUCCUGUAAGAAAAUGUUUUGGGACCACAGGAAAGGAUGGACUGCCUGGACACCCGGGCAGAGAGGAGAAGUUGUAAGUUGGUUUCCAAGGUAAGAUGGGUCCACCUGGGCCUCCUGGAGUUGUUGGACCUCAGGGUCCAUCAGGAGAGACCGGCCCCAUGGGCGAGCGUGGCCACCCCGGACCCCCAGGUCCACCUGGGAGAGCAGGGACUUCCUGGUCCCUCAGGAAAAGGAGGGCACCAAAGGGAGAUCCUGGACCACCAGGAGGUCCUGGUAAAGAUGGGCCCUCAGGACUGAGAGGCUUCCCCGGAGAGAGAGGACUGCCUGGAACCCCUGGAGGUGGAGGACUGAAGGGAAGUGAAGGACCUGCCGGACCUCCUGGACCUGCUGGUCUCCCUGGUGAGAGGGGACCAGCUGGUACUGCUGGACCUGUUGGACCUCCUGGCAGACCAGGCCCUCAGGGGCCUCCAGGACCUGCUGGAGAGAAGGGAGUUCCUGGCGAGAAAGGGCCAAUUGGCCCAGCAGGUCGUGAUGGAGUGCAGGGUCCCGUGGGUCUGCCUGGCCCUGCUGGACCACCUGGAGUACCUGGAGAGGACGGAGACAAGGGUGAGGUUGGAGAGCCUGGUCAGAAGGGCGCCAAGGGAGCGAAAGGAGAGCAUGGUCCUCCUGGUCCACCUGGGCCAAUGGGUCCCGUCGGUCAGCCUGGUCCUGCUGGUGCUGAUGGAGAGCUUGGACCAAGGGGCCAGCAGGGGCCUUUUGGAGCUAAAGGUGAUGAAGGAUCCAGAGGAUUCCCAGGAGCCCCAGGACCAAUCGGACUGCAGGGAUUGCCAGGACCACCAGGUGAGAAGGGAGAGACAGGAGAUGUUGGACCUCUGGGUCCUCCAGGUCCUCCAGGACCCCGCGGCCCUGCUGGGCCCAGUGGUGCUGAUGGUCCUCAAGGUCCUCCCGGUGGUUUGGGUAAUCCUGGACCUCUUGGAGAGAAGGGAGAGCCUGGUGAGGCUGGACCACCUGGAAUUGUAGGAGAGCCUGGAAAGAAGGGUCCUCGUGGAGAGCGUGGAGAGAAGGGAGAGGCCGGACAACCUGGAACUGCUGGACCUGCUGGAGGACGAGGACGACCUGGAGACGACGGGCCCAAAGGAAACCCUGGUCCUGUUGGCUUCCCUGGUGAUCCUGGUCCCCCUGGUGAGGUUGGACCCAGAGGUCAAGAUGGCGCCAAGGGAGAAAGAGGAGAAGACGGUGAACCUGGAGAAUCUGGCUCCCCUGGACCUCCUGGUGAGAACGGACCUCCCGGGCCCCCAGGAAAGAGGGGUCCUGCUGGAACAAGAGGACCUGAGGGACGUCAGGGAGAGAAGGGAACCAAGGGAGACCCAGGUGCUGUUGGACCACCAGGUAAAACUGGCCCCGUCGGUCCCCAGGGCCCACCAGGAAAACCAGGAACAGAAGGUCUCAGAGGACUCCCAGGAUCAGUGGGUGAGCAAGGAUCCCCAGGACCUGCUGGACAGAAAGGACCACCUGGACCUCUUGGUCCACCCGGUUUGCCCGGUCUGCGUGGAGAUCCUGGUGCCAAGGGAGAGAAGGGACACCCAGGUCUUAUUGGUCUCAUUGGACCCCCAGGAGAGCAGGGAGAGAAGGGAGACCGAGGUCUGGCUGGUCCUCAGGGAUCCUCCGGCCCUAAAGGAGAGCCUGGAAUGCCUGGAGGCACUGGACCCAUCGGCCCUGCUGGUCCUCCUGGUCUGCCUGGUCCUCAAGGUAUCAAAGGAGCUAAGGGUGCUACUGGAGGAGCUGGUCCAAAGGGAGAAAAGGGUGUACAGGGAUCUCCUGGCCCUCCAGGCCCACCAGGUGAGGUCAUUCAGCCCUUGCCCAUCCAGAGGAGUCCCAAGUCCAAGCGCUCCAUCGACGCCAGCCAGCUGCUCCCCGAGUCCGAUCCUGACAUGCCUGCAUCUGAUGCCGCUGGCACUGAGUUCCUGAUGGGCAGUGAGGGCAUGGAGGAAAUCUUCGGCUCUCUCAACUCCCUUCGACAGGAGAUCGAGACCAUGCGUUUCCCUCUGGGCACCCAGGACAGCCCUGCCCGCACCUGUCAGGACCUGCACCUCAGCCAGCCAGACCUCAAAGACGGAGAGUACUGGAUCGACCCCAACCAGGGCUGCUCCAGAGACUCCUUCAAGGUCUUCUGCAAUUUCACCAAUGGAGCAGAGACUUGCCUGUAUCCCAGCAAGAGCAUCAACACGGUGAAGAUGAGCUCCUGGGACAAAGAGACUCCAGGAUCCUGGUACAGUCAGUUCACCACUGGUAGUAAGUUCUCCUAUGUGGACUCUAAUGGCGAGCCUGUGGGUGUGGUCCAGUUGGGCUUCCUGCGUCUCUUGAGCGUCCAGGCCCGCCAGAACUUCACCUACAACUGCCACCGCUCAGUGGCCUGGUCCGACAGAAGCGCCAAGAACAACUACGAGAGGGCGCUUCACCUCCAGGGUGCAAACGAGGAGGAGCUGAGCUACGAGACCAACCCUUACAUCAAAGCCUUGGUCGAUGGCUGCUCUUAUCGUAAGGGCUUUGACAGGACAGUCCUGGAGAUCAACACACCACAGGUGGAGCAUCUUCCUCUGCUGGAUAUCAAAGUGUCAGACUUUGGGGAGAGCAACCAGCAGUUUGGCUUUGAAGUGGGACCUGUCUGUUUCCAAGGCUAAAAACACACAUAUACACACACCAUGCAGAGAACAACACAUGCAAAUGCUCACACACACAUGCACUUAGAGACACACUUAUAUAUAAUAAACAUACAUGCCCAGUAAUUUGUAAAUUAACUUGUAAAUGAUAUGAAAUACACACACAAACCCACAGACACACACACACUUACACACACAGAUGCUGUUGUGAGACAAACACGCACUCACACUCAAGUACGUGCCUGGGGAAAGCAACAUCCUCCCAACAAUUAAUGGACGUCAAAAAAAAAAAAAAAAGAGGAGAGAAAUAAAAAAAACUCGCGAAGAGGAGACCAUCGCUCAGGCGAACAAACGCGAGAAAGGAAGAAAAAACCAGGAGAGAGUGUUCUUCGGAAUAAAACAGUGUUUUCUUUACCAGCAGCGAAAGGGGCCGGCCUGAGAAAGAGAGCGCAAGCCGGCAACUUGAGGCCUGAAGCCCCCCGUCUCCGAUCCCCCUCUCACUCUUCUCUCCUCCCCGCUGUCUCUCUUUUUUCCACUCAUCUCACCUGCUCUACCUCCCCCCUCCUCCUCCCAAAAAAGGGUCACACUCAGACAUCAUUUCGAUUUCUUUAAUCCCACAUUGACAUUGCGAGCAGUUUGUUUGACAGUCACUUUUUUUUAUGACAAGAGGCUCCAUGAUGUUUUGAACAGUUAAACUGUGUUGUGGUUCGUGGCCUUGGCGUUUGUGGGGCAUUUAUUCCUUUAGUCAUUCAGAUAAAAAGUUGCUGAGAAUUGAAAGUUUUGAAUCAACUUUUCAUCUGUUUUGCAUUUGCCAGCCAGAACUACUCAUGAGCCACAAAUCUAAUCAAAACAGCAGACACCAAAACUGACAGGAAAAUGACAGCCAGUAGUCACAUAAACAUUUGUGGCAUCUCUGUAAGGGCUAACUUCUCUGUCUACUCCUGUAGUGACUUGUCAGUCAUGUUGCUCACAUUGGAAACACAGAGUAACUCUCAGCUCUUAUCUUAUUGCAUCAAAAGGAACCAAAGAAUUAAUGCCACCAGUUUCCACCCAGAACAAAAAGAGGGAACUGACCAAAUAAUACCAGCAGGGUCCUGCUUGUCAGACUGAUCUGUUCUUGUCUUGUUCAAACUGCCACCAAGUGAAUUUUUACAUUUUGUAAUAUUCUCCUUAUGACCACCUUGCAGUUUUAUUAAAACAGUCUAAAAAUGUGAUUCACAGCUCUAACUGACGAUUUAAAAAUCUUUCUGUUGAUAUGCAGUGAGGUCAGUGGAGUCCAGUGUGAAACAGGAUUUAUUCUUUUUUAACUGGACAAUCUGUCCUCAGCCCUGAGAGCAGCAGAAACUCUCUUCUGAACUGUUCAUUUGUUAACAUUGGACAAAACCUGCUGCGUGCAGUGAGGCAGGAUAGAAGAUGUGUCGAUACCUGAACCAGUGAAUUUAAAAGCCAUUAUUUUUGUAAACUGUGCUUAAUGUGAUGCUAUUGUACUUGCAUGUUACUGGUUCCUUUUAAAAUGGCUGAUGAUUCUUCUUUAAAUCAUGGAUCAUGCUACCAGGGUCACGACCACAGUCCAGUAUUUCCUGAGUCACUUUCUGGUUACUUUGAUUUUUGUUUUCCAUCCAGAACACAUUUUCUGACUUUGCAUCCAAGCACAGAACAUCAUCAGGGUUUAAAUAUGUACAUCAGAUUCAAAGUUCCCUCCUCUUUUUUCUGUAGCAGUGAAUAAAAAGCAUGCUUUACUGAAAGAAACUGUGUGGCAAGGUGCUAAUUAUACCAAAUCAUAAAAGUUUUAGUAUUCACUUUGAGUCCUCCAUUUUCUUUAGUCUCUUUUUUUACAAUUUCAUGAAGCUUUUUACUGGGGAAAAUGUGCAUUACACUCCAUUUGUACAGAAAUAGUGAUAUUCUAUUGUAUUUAUUUAAAACAAACAGGGUGCUUUGAGAUUAAAAAAACAAGAACCACCAAAUAUUCCAGUCAAAUGUGGUAUAUUUCAUUUGUAUUUAUUUCCUGUAGCUGACACUUGAAGGUCAAGUGAAGCAAGUGACUUACAUGUUAAACUCACUACCAGCCUGAGUAAUGGUGCUUCUGUUCACGCCCUGUCCAAACUCCUUUUGUACAACCAAAGAAUCUGUGGCCAUAUUUUAUUGUAAUAUCCCUUUUUAGUGUUUUCAUCAACUGUACUGUGCUGUUAAAUUUUGCUUCCACUGUAAUAAUUAAAUGGUGACUCUCCA